CUAUACUUUGGUAACAUGUUGUUUACGGGUGCUAUGCGUCAAUUUCAAAUUAAGCAGAGCCACUGGAUGACUAUUAUUUGCAACUGAAGAAUUACUUAAGUGCACAAGAGAUUGCCAGAGACAAACAGUGACAAAUGACACUCUUGAAGCGACUCGAAGUGGAUUCCUGCUGCUAGAAAACUGAAAACGUGUGCUUCUUGUAUGGCAUGGUUAUAAACAUAAUUGGGAGGAAUACAAACUACAGCUUAAUAGUUCUCAACUUAAUCAGUGAGAAGAAUGCAAUGUUUUUGUUUUUCAUGGAAUAUGAUUGGAGGCAUCCACAGCAAAAGAUAUGAGUGACACUGAUGAUACUGAUCUCCUUUUGAUUAUUCCUCCAGAUUUUUUUAAUGUGCGCUCGUCUGAUUCUGAGGACUCGGAAUUUUCGGUUAUCAGAAGAGACUCUGACAUCAGUCGUCACAUUGUGCAAGACCUGGUUAAUCAUGUUAAUCAGCUUGAGUCCAGAGUGUGUACAAUUGAAAGUAAGGAAAAUCUAGUUUCAAAUGGCAGAAGUCUUGACUGCUCAGUGGCCGUCGACUCUGCAGAUAUAAAGCACGGUGAUGUGGCUCUUAGUUUCUAUUCAAUGACAUCAACAGGCUAUAGAUUUGGAACCAGUUUAGAUUGUAACAGAAGUGCACUGCGUACAUCUUGGAAGCAGAAGCCCCAGUCUCUCCCUACUACUCCAAGCACCCAUCACCAGAGGCUUCAGCUAAUACCUGAUAUUUUAGGACACUCUUACACUAAUGCAAUUCAUGAACGAGAGAAUAUUCGUUCAUGCGCAGGAAAUAGAAUUCCUGACGACAGAAUAAAGAGUAGCACAUCACUUGCAGACAAUUUAUCAAAAAAUGAUUCAGCUCGGACUGUGUUAUCUGACAGCAGUGAUAGUUACCCUCUAUUCUCAGAACCAGAUGACCAAAGAACAAUGUCUUAUCAAGACUUGAGUUUCUUGAGUGAAAUUGAUGAAUUCCUUGAAAGUAAAAGAGCAGUUUCACGAGAACAUGAGAUUACAUCUGAUCUCAUGGCAAACAAUGACCUUAAAAGUAAACUGGAAAAGAACAAUAUAAACAGUAAUAAAAAGGGUAGCAGCUUUAUAGAAUUUGACAGUAUGAACAAGCCUGCUUCAUUAUUCCAUCCUGAUGUGAAUUCUAUUGUUUAUGAUACAAAAAGGUUAACAUUGUCUGAUGUUGAUAAACUACUUUUGGAAAUGGAGAAAAAACAGUCUGAAAUAGAGCAAAAAUUAAAACUUGGUAGACCUUCUUAUCACUCUUCAGUGCCUGUGUCAUACAGUUGUGAUAGACCGUCUUCCAUAUUUUCUGAUAGCAGAAAGCAGUCUGAUGAUAGAAAUCGCAGUACAGUUUCAGUACCUGAAUCUCAAAGUUAUAAUGGAACUGUAAAUUCCAAUGGCAGAUGGAAAGAGGUGAAUGAUGAAAUGCUACCUGCUGCACAUGAUGUAUGCACAGAAGGCAAAAAAUCUCUUGAGAAAGGAGAAGUAGAGACAAUGGCAGUAUCUAAAAAAUUAUCCGUUGUAGGUGAUAAUAUUUGUUCAGUACCUGACUUAGGAUAUGGUGUUCGAAACAUAAUGAUGCAACCAUCAAGCAGUGCAGAUCACGAGACACUGCUAACUAAUUCAGCUGAUCAGAGAGGACAUGUUACAAGUAGAAAUAUAUGUGUAAAAGGAAACGAAGUUCCUAAACAAUAUGCCACAGAAGAAUCAUCAGUGUGUGCUUCUAUGCUUAGGGAUAAUAUUGGCUCAGUGCCAGACUCACAAUAUGGUGUUCAAAACUUAAUGAUGCAGCAUUCAGAGAAUGCAAACCACCCACCAACACAGAAUGUUUCAGCUGAUGAGAGAAACAGUAUUGCAAGUGCAAAUACCCUAGCUAGUCAUACUACUUUAAUAAGUAUGAGUGAAUCGUUGAACCAUUUACCCAGCAAGAACCCUACAAAUAUAUCAGAUGCAAGUAACAGAACCAACGUAACCCUACCGGUAAGCAGUGAAGGCAGACUGACAGUGCAGUCCAGCAAUAAAGAAAAUGAGGUGUUGUGUCAAAUACUGGAUAGACCAUACCAGCCACCCUCUCAUGGUUCAAUGCGAGUUACUUCAAGACAUUUCACCAACAUACUUGAAAUUGAUGAAAAAAAUAACAAGAAUCAAACAGAAUGUUACACAGAAGAUAACAGAAGUAAGUUGCAGCAACCAUUUGGUAUUGCCGCCCCCUCAAUGAACAAUGUGGGAGAUAAGAUUGUUCCCAAUGAACAUCAGGGCUUCCACAAUAUGACAAAAUGUGGUGAGCAAGUUGAUGCUGGUGUUGUGAAACAAAUGGACCAGGCUGUUAAUAGUGGAAGGAACUCAAAUGGUGAUACAGACACUAUUACAAACAGAAGAGUGAGGGAAAUGCCUAACAGGAGGAUGGAUUUCAGUGGUCAUACAUAUUCUGGGAAAUUCAUGAAGAAGAAAGUUGAAUUUUCCAGGGAAUCCUCUAACACUCACAUCAAAGGCAAAUCAGGAUCAUGGACUGAUGGUGGGUCAAAUGUGUUCCAAAUGAGGAGGAAUGGCCAUUAUGAUAACACUUCAACAAGUAGUGGACCAUUAUUGAGUCUGUCAGAAUUGUGGGGUAGUGACAGUAGUGGGCAUAAUCGAAAAUCGUCAAAUAUAGAACAACGUCUUGAAGAAGAAGUAUAUCGUCGACAGCACUGUGAACGCCUUGUUCAAGAAUUACAACGGCAGCUGUUGGAGGAACGUGAGAAGCUUGCAGUUGCCAUGAGAGUUGAUGAGAGCAAGGACUAUGCCAUUUCCCAAUUACAGACUGCUUGGGACAAGUUGGUUGGCCAUUGGAAUGAUCUUGAGGACGAGCGUAAUGAGCUUGCACAGCAACUGCAAGACCAUAAAAUCGCUGCUGCCCAGGAGGUUACUGAGUUACAAGAGAAAGUGAAGUCUGUGGAGAGAGAACUUUCAAGAGCUCUGGAACUAGCACAGGGUUAUCAGACUAGAUGCUCUGAAAUGGAAUGUGAAUUAGUCAAAGCAAAGAGCAGUACAGAGGCUACUGUGGCUCUCAGUGAAGCAAAGAUGCUAAAUCUGAACAAUGAAAUUGCUUCUAUUACUGCUGAAAGGGACCGGUUGUUGACACGUGUAUCUGAUGUUGAAACAGCCAUAACAAAGGAUAGAAGCCUACUGAAGGAAGCUGAGGCAGAAAUGAAGAAAAUGCAAGAUACAGUGACGAACCAAGAGGCAGAAAUUCAUUCUCUCAAGCAGCAAAGUGAAACAUUAUUGCUAAGGUUAAAUGAGGCAAAGUCAAAGAAUCAGCUAUUGGAGAAUAGUAAGACAGCUGUUCAAAAGGCCUUGGAAGAAACUAAAAAGAAGGAGAAGGAGAGACAGAGUGAACUGAAGGAAGUUGUGGAACAAAUGAAGCAAGAGAAGCUAAAACUUCGUGAUUCGUACCAACAGCAAGUAGAAACAUUAGUCCAUGAGAAAGUCCAAGAAUUCCAGUCACAGCUAGAUGCUGCUGAGACAGCUUUGGAGCAACGAGAGAAAACACUUGCUGAAAUGACGUCACAGCAAAUCAAACUUCUCACAGAAAAAUAUCAGAUGGAAGUAAAACUACUAGAAGAGAAACAACAAGAUGAAAUGAAGUUGUAUAAGAUACAACUAGCACAGGCAAAUCAGCAGCUUGAAAAAUUACAGGCACAGCUUCAGUUGCAAACUAAACAUCGGAAUGAACUUUUGGAGCAACUUCAUGAUGCAAUGGAGGCUCAGUGGCAGGAGGCUUUACGUAUGGUGCAAGGUAAAGGUGAUGCAUGGACUACAAGUCAUUUUAAUGAUGUGGACAGUCCCUCUCACAGAAAAUCCCCAUCUACAAAGGACCAUCCUGUUUCAGUGCCUGAAACUACGGCCAUUGACAAGUACCAGUUUGCAAAGAUGUUGGAUACCGUUAAAAAUGCCGCAGCUUUCCAGGAGGCAUAUCACUCUGAUAUCCCUCCAUUGACUCUUCCUACAUCAAGUGCAGCAUCGACUGUAGAUGAUGAGCCUUUUAGUAAAGAAGACCAACUUACGUACAGAGUACAGGAAAACAAGCAGCAUUCUGUUAGUCCAGGAGAAGAACUCAGGAAAUAUAUUCAACAGCUUUUGGAUAGAUCACCAGGAAAUCCUAUACAAGAAGUUACUCAAGAAUCAGCAGAGAGGGAUAUUGACAAAGAAAUGGAACAUCCAGUCAGCUCUGUUCCUGUAUGGGAACCAGUUGGCACUGAUCAGGCUUCCAUUUCAUCUGUUGCUAGUACAUCGCAGCUGGGUAUGAUAUCUAGAGAUGUUUACGACACAGUUAAAGGUACACGAAAUAUGAAGAGUAAUAAACCUCCAUGGAAAUAGCACCAUUAUAUUAUGAAGAUCGGUGUGCUCUCUGCACAUGUGCAUGUGCCUGUGGCUGAGGACCAAGAGCAUCAAGUGGUACGCCAUUUGCCUGGCGGCCAAUGCUACGUCCUCCCGUAUUGUUGCUGCCUGAUGUUUGGGCUGCUGCCGCA